AUGCAGCAUAUUAGCUCGGCUCAUUCCGUUGAAGAAAGCCCAAAUUCCAGCGCAAGCUACGGCAUAUCUCCUCUUGCUGUCCAGAGUCAGAAUGGAGGGCACCAGAAUCAAAACAUGAUAGCACAAACAAACCAGGUCAGGCUUGGCGAAAGGUCUAAUACAACCUUCGAUCCGUCCACAGAUCCAGUUGAUGUGGGGCAGGGAGAGACCCAAUUAUUAACUCCAUGCUCUCAAACAACCGAGAGAUCACCUAUUGCUGAUCAAACAUCCCGAAAAUGCCAGGAAAACAUAUCCCAGUCCAUUCUUUCAAACAACCAUACCAUCGAGUCUCGUAUAGGCGAGCACCGUGCAUCUUUUGACGGUAUCGAUUCGCACAUCGAUGUUGAACGACAAUCAAGAAAUCUCGAGCACAUUCUGGAUCCUGCCACGUACUAUGGAAACCUAGAUAAGGUUGAGGCUGAUACCGCUGAAAUUUGUGGUAUAGGCUCCGGCCCUGACCUAGGAGACUUGUGUGAGACUGAGUAUAUAACUAUGAUUAAAAGCGCAGGCGACGCACUUCGUCAUCUGAGGACAGAGGCCCUCUGUGGGGAUGAAUUUACUAUCCUUGUUGAGAGCUGCCCUUCUUCCAAUAUCGCAAGGGCUGUUCACGUGUCUCUGGGUGAUAUCGAAUCAUUUUUAUCUUCUUGUUCUCAAGGCUCCCUGGGAGAAGCAUCAUAUUUGCUUUCUACGAUCUUCGGCCAUGAUCUAGUGAAUCAGCGAGUUUCGGAUUAUUCAUCUCAAUUGAAAACACUGGCCAGAACCCUUUCUAUCGGUCUUGUUUCUUUUUCUGGAUCACAUGUCUGCCCUUUUGAUCUCAACCUGUGGGGACAUUCACAGGAUAGAAUUCCCAUUGGAUUUGGAUAUUCCUAUCGACGCCGUAAGCUGGCAUGUCUGGAUGAAUAUCUGAAAGGUCCCUGCUGGGUUCUGGGCCCUACAUCUGACGGGCUGAAUGAGGGCAGUCUAAAGAUAUCUCUUACGGUUGGCGAUUUGCAAGAGCUCUGGGGCCCUGUCCAACUCGUUGGGGGAACUCCAAUGUCGGCACCCCUCCUUAGGACCCAAAGGGGAUAUGUUGUUCCUCUCCCGCCAAAUUAUCAGAGCGAGAAAUCUUUACAUGGAAUUGAUUGCCACUGGACUGAAACUGUUCCAGACUACGUGGAAGAUCAAGACCACAUAUGGCUGGACAACUUUUCACUCAUCAUGAUUGGAACCGAUGCGAAAUCUCAAUCAGUGAUUACAGUCAAUGCACGAUGCAAGUCGAAAAGCCCUGUGGUCGAGGAAAGGGUUUCCUACCAUUUUGAAUUUCUUGGUACACGCAAGGAUUACACUACUAUGGAAGGUUAUGAUGUCUGGGCUCGUGUGGGUUAUGGAGGAUCUGGUAUUGGUGUGAACCGGAUGUUUAGACGCCGCAAUCAGAUCACGUUAAAAGACAACAUUAUCUGGCAAUGUCAACAACCUGAUCCUGUCCUUGAACCAUUUCUCAAACUCCAAGUGGGGCUCGAAAUUAGCCUUUGCACGGGGAAUGCUCGCAGAGUGAGUCUCUGGGAAGCCAUACGACUUUAUCAUAUCGAAGGACAAGACACUAGUCCAGUAAUGUGUGAACAUUCAAUUCCAAAUGCAGAAUGCGCCCGAUCGUGCUGGGUCCGAGAGCAUUGCGAUACAUCGAGCUCGUCCAUUGAUGCCAACUCUUCCCCUGGCUCUGUGGAUGUAGCCAAUUCCCAAACAUUGUUAACAGACGCGCCCCUUGAUCUCAAAGCUUUCCGAAAGUUGAUGAUCAAAGCAGUUCUGCAAUUGAAAGGCACUGGAAUUGAUCGCGAAGGGCAUCUCCGAGCAUGUUGGCCAUUCUCUGAUCCAGCAAUGAGCCACCACAUGAAGACGAACAAGAUAAACAGAUGGAUCGGCAUUCUAUCGGACUCACUUCAUGUAGCCACCUUCGCAGUUGUCAGCUCGCGUUGUUUGGGGUUCGAUAAGGAUAAAUUUCCAAAUGAAUGGAGCCCAUGUCCGCAAUCACACAGCGAAUUAACCCAAAUUAACUGUCUAUCCACAACAGUUCUGCAACGCCCGCCUUCCGAAGACGAAGAGCGAUUAAAUCGACAAAAAAUUGGACUUUUGACUCCUCCAUCGAGUUGCGAUUCAGAUGAUCUGUUGUCAGGAACUGCGUUUCGCCUCGUGGAAAAGCAACUUUGGAUAACAAGGUUCUGGCGAGAGAAUGAGGCUCGGAAGAUGAUGGCUCACCCUUUUGCGGGUCAUUAUCUUCGCGAGGUCGCUACCAGCAUGAGAUGGUCAGCAGCUAUUGAUUUCAAGGAACAGAUUAAUCCUGAUCUGAAGGGGGGGUGA